CUUUCUGUCCCUAUUCCCCCGCCCUCGAUUGCUGCUCAACGACUGGCCGAGCGCGAGUUCUACUCUCCGACAAACCUCCAACGCCUCAUCUCCUCCAUCUCCCCCCCUCCCCCACCUAUUCAUCCCCAUCCAAUCCUCUUUUCUUUAGCCUCUGUACAUCUGUAACUCUCCAGCACAACCAGGCGAGACGGAGACGAAAACGCUGACAAGAAUCGUCGGGACACGCGACUGGACUACUGCUCCUCGCCCCAAGCACAAGUGCUUCCGCUGUAUAAUGAUCUUUUCUUGCGACCGCUGUGACCCCCACUGCUGCUCACGCUCGCCCUCGCCCUCGCCAUCACACUCACACUCACACUUACACCGCGGUCGAAAGGCAUAAACAGGGACAGGGACAGGGACAGAGAGGGAACGGACGCCGUCGUUAUCCAGCACCGACCGGCGGGCGUGCGUGCGUGCGUGCGUGCAACGACCCAGCUCGCUCGUGACCGUCGUCUUCCGCUGUCCUCGCCUCGACUGCACACUACGUUGAUCCUUCCCUUGUUUCGUGCAUGACAAAGGAAAAUGUCAUCUAGUAGUCUGCAGCAGCUCCAAGCCCAACAACUCAGAGCUGUCAGUCUCGACCACUCGCAGCACGGUCUGGACUCGCCCGGCGCUCAAUCUCAUAUAACCACUUCCUCGGCCUCCCACCACGCAUUUUCCUCCGGAACUCCCAAUGACGGCAUGCGCUCCAACAGCGCCGCCCAGAGUCUCGUCGACGCUACUCACUUUGCCGACGACUUUCCCUUCCCGCCUCCCGAACUCCACGACCAGAAUGCAAUGAUGUUCUUCGGCGAGCCGGACCACCCUUCCGACAUGUUUUCUACCUCGCACCGUCCCUCGGUCUCCUCCUUGGGUGGCCGCCAGGACUCCAUAACCGUCAUGCCCGUCCCCUUCGCGGGCGCAAUGGACCAGCGACGCCAUAGCAUAAUUGCCUCGGACGACGGUAGCCAGGACAGCGGUCAUGCCGAGCACAAUCCCCUCGAGGAUGCCGGCGCCGACGAGUUUGGCUUAGCCACCCAGAUCGCCGGCAACGGCUCCGACGUGGGAGGAAAGGCCAGCAAGGACGACAAGACGGACGACACGCCUGCAUGGAGUGAGCUGAAGACCAAGGCUGGCAAGGAACGAAAGCGGCUUCCGUUGGCAUGUAUCGCAUGCCGCCGCAAGAAGAUCCGAUGCUCGGGUGAAAAGCCAGCCUGCAAACACUGCCUGCGCUCCCGGAUCCCCUGCGUGUACAAGGUCACAACGAGGAAGGCCGCGCCCAGGACCGACUACAUGGCCAUGUUGGACAAGCGUCUCAAGCGUAUGGAGGAGCGUAUCAUCAAGAUCGUCCCUAAAAACGAACACGACUCGAACGCUGCCUCGCUGACCCGCGCCGUUGUCAAACCGGCAAUUCCGGGCACCCUCCCCGCGGCCAAGGCCGGUCCCAAGAAACGAGCCGCCGACGAAGCCUUCGGCCAGGACCUCGACCACUGGGCCAAGGCCCCGGCCAAGACCAUGCUCGACACAUCCAACAAGCCCACAUCACUCCAGGCGCAGGAAGCGGAGGACAACAAGCUGUUUCUCGAGGGACUCGAUGCACUGCCGUCCAAAGAGAUCCAGGAACAUCUAGCCGAGGUCUUUUUCGAAAACAUCUACGGCCAAGCCUACCACUUGCUUCACAAACCGAGUUAUAUGAGAAAGCUCAGAGCCGGCACACUGCCACCCGUUCUCAUCUUGUCUGUUUGCGCCGUUGCAGCCCGCUUCUCCAGCCAUCCCAAGCUCAUCACCUCGUCACCCAAUUUCCUACGCGGCGAAGAGUGGGCAUCGCAUGCCAGAGACAUUUGCACCAGGCGAUACGAGUGGCCCAACAUCACGAUACUGACAUGCCUCUUGAUUCUUGGCCUGCACGAGUUUGGUACCUGCCACGGAGGGCGCAGUUGGGCCCUGGCGGGGCAGGCAAUCCGCAUGGCGUUCGCCCUGCAACUCCACAAGGACUUGGACCACGACCCCCUCAACCGUAGCGGGCCCUCGCAGCUGAGCUUCAUCGACCGGGAAAUCCGACGACGGACGAUGUGGGCCUGCUUUCUCAUGGACCGGUUCAACUCCUCGGGCACCGAACGGCCAACGUUCGUGAGGGAGGAGACCAUCGAGAUACCGCUACCAAUCAAGGAGAAGUAUUUUCAACUGGACAUGCCGGCGCCGACGGAAACCCUCAAGGGCAAAGUCCCCCAUCCGGUGUCGGUAGACGACGGCCAAAUGGCCGAUGCCAAAGACAACAUGGGCGUUGCCGCCCACAUGAUCAAGACCAUCGCCCUCUGGGGCAAGAUCAUCAACUACCUGAACCAAGGAGGAAAGGAGCUCGACCCGCAUCCCAUCUGGAGUCCGGAUUCCGAGUACACCACGCUGCUUCAAGAGGCGGAAAAGCUGCUGGACGAACUCCCCGAGUGCCUGCAAUACUCGUCCGAGAACCUGGCACUCCAUGACACGGAAAAGAUGGCCAACCAGUUUCUCUUCCUCCACAUCGCGACACAGCAAAACAUCUUGUUCCUCAACCGUGUCGCCGUGGCAACACCAAACAGCCCCGCGGCCCAAGGGGUUCCCAGGGACUUUGUCGCCAAGGCCGGCGACAAGACGUUCGCGGCGGCUAACCGCAUCUCCGAGAUCCUCAAAGAUGCCGAGUCGCACAUGGUCACUGCCCCCUUUGUUGGAUACUGCGCGUUCUCUUCAGGAACCAUCCACGUUCUCGGCAUCUUUUCCGGCAACCCUGCCGUGGAGGCGGCCUCGAAGAGAAACCUGGCAACCAACGUCAAGUUUCUCUCCAAGAUGAAGAGGUACUGGGGCAUGUUCCACUACAUGACGGAAAACCUUCGUGACCAAUACCGGACAUACGCCGAUGCCGCCAGACAGGGAUCCGCGACCAAGGAGGCCUCGACGGCCUCUCCCAUUUUCCAGUACGGCGACUGGUUCGACCGAUACCCCCAUGGCGUUUCGCAAUCCGACUUCACGGACCCGGCUACGCUGAAGAAGAAGGAGAAGGGCGACGACGCCGUCCUGGAGCAGAAGCCCGAGCUGCAUACCGUCGAGGAGUACUUUACCAACCUGUCGCCGCCUCGCGGCACAGAGAGCCACCCUUCGAGGCCGAACCCGUCCAAGCGCAAGGCCUUUGCCGGAAAGAAGUUGAGCACCGCCGGUAUGAGACCGGACGGAGGCCACGCGGAACCGCCCUCCACCACCGAGAACAUCGCCGUCACGGCACAAGAGCAGCUGAGUGCCCGCAUGCAGCACCAGAGAGGCAUGCAAGGCUCCCUCGGCGGCCAGACCAGCGGCCCAACCAGCUUCAACCCCCUCACCGCAUCUCACUCACAGGGAUCCAACUACCACGCCCUCUCGCCCAUUAGUCCCAUCGCCGUCAGCCAGUUCGGACACCACCACCCGGACACGUCGGCCUUUUACACCCCCGACAUGCUCAACAUGUCGCUGAACCAGCAGAACGGGAUUUUGCAGCCCCUCGACCGGCAGCUCGUUUUCGGCGGCUAUUCGAUGGAGCAGGGGAACAUGAGUCAUUUCGACGGCAUCGACUGGGACGGCAUGCCCUCGAAUGCCCACGGCGCUCACAGCCUACCGGGGGCGCGUUCGCGUUCCCACCGCGGCGGCAACCUCAAUGGCAUGGGCGGGCCCGGCCACGGACACCCAGACAACAAUGGCGGCAGCAGCAGCAGCAUGUCAGGGUUUGGAGGCCAAGAGGCGUCGACUGCGUGGUUCAUGCCCUUCAACAUGGAGCCGCCCGAGAUCGGCCAAGACAUGGGUAUGGGCCUGGACGGGUUCGGCAACAUGUUUGGCAACGGCUUACACCACGGGGCGCGCUGACCCGACUGGCCGAGAUUGCGAAGCGGGAUCGGGACCGGGAUUGGGAUAAGCACAACACAGCGCGCCGAGCGUGCCUUCUAAGCCAUAAUGGCACCAUGUAUCGAACUGUACAUUGUACGCACAUGCACACACACACUGUCUUGGAUGUUCCUCCUCUGUAUCCAUGUUUCCCCUUCUUUUAUUUAUGACUACAUGACGGGAAAAGGGAAUGGGACGCGGUGUUAUACCUGGACGGGGAUUUACAAAAGAUGGGAUUGGUUAGGCGGGUGGGUGGUGUACCAUCUUAGCGAUUUAAAUAUUGAAGCUACUUGUUGAGACACCUACCAUUAAAGCUGAAUGGAAACGAGGGGGGGUGGGGGGUGUGAGAUGUGAAGCCUCUGGUGAUCGUUUCCCGUCAGGCGUUCACGUUUUUGGUCCAUUACCGGUCACGGU